AUGGACGGUGACGAGACGAUAUGGGCCAUACAAGAAAAAUCACUAGGACAAAUCAUCACAAUGUUUAUUCACACUUACGAUGAAGACAAAAACGGAGAUAUUUUGACAGCAUUUCAACAACAAGUUGAUUAUUCAAAGGAUUUAAAACAAACAUGUCCGAAAUUAUUCUGCAGACGUGGAUAUUUCAUGGGAUAUUAUUACUUUUUCCUAGAUUACACACAAAAAUUAGUCAAAAAAAUGCGUUCGUAUGAUACCAUAGACGAUUUAAAGAAGUUAUUGUGUGAAUAUGGCAGCAGUUGUGAACCGCUUGGUGAUUGUGCUGACAAUGCAAUGAUGCAGUUAUUAAUCGGAACAAAACCGAUAAAAUGGUCAACAAAUACUUCAAAAAGAAUGUAUCCGGUUAUAGUGCGAACGCAUCAUUCUUUGGGCGAUGGCGUUUCGUUGAAUUGCCUUUUUAUCAAGCAACUGAUGAAGAAUCCAACCGAAUUCCUUUCGGAUACAUACCGUACUGGUACAAUGACCGACAUGCGAAAGCCUCAGAAAAGACGAGCUACACACUGUAACGUGUUCAAAUACUUAAAAUUGUUGUACGCAUUGUUGCGGAAAGAACGCUACGCGCCUCCGAUUCUGAGACGGUAUGACAGUCACAUUUUACACGGCAGAUCUUUGAGCGGUCAGAAGAAUCUCGUAUGGAACAAUGAUAAGCAUUCCGAGUAUGUCCAAAAGGUUAAAGACAUUAAAAACGUCUUACCGAAUGCCACUUUUAAUUCGGUUAUUUUAGCAGCGAUUGCAACGACUAUUAACGAAUAUUUUCACUUGGUCUCACCGAACCACGUGCCGGAAACCAUCACAUCAGCACUAGUCACCCUACCACAAAUACCGGCAUUCAAUGAAAUGGUACAAAUUAAUUCAUCCGGAAAUAUUUGCGAUAUUGACAUGACAAAUAAAUACGUAGUGUGUGCAUUGAAACUUCCCAUGAGAGUAAAACCUGGAAAAUUAUCAGCGAUUGAAAAAAUAAACGAAAUCAAUGAGGAAAUUGACAAGUUAAAAAAAUCAUUGGAUGUUGAAGUUUUAAUUCUCUGCAAUCGUGUAAUUGCCAAACUGUUACCCGUGCCGUGCGUGAAAUUAUUAAUGAGAGGCUUCAACACGACCUUUGGGAUUUCAAAUUUGCCCGGUUUUGCCAGGGGACAAUUGUGGCAUGGCGGCUAUAUUGAGGAUUUGUAUUUCUGGAUUCCGAAUUCCAUCGAUAUCGGAAUUGGCAUAUCAAUUUUUUCAUCGCAAGGUCGUCUUGAAAUGGGAUUAAUUGUGGACAAAGUCAUCAUUUCUGACCUAGACCAAACACAGCGGUUUUUAGAUCGCAUCGUUCAUCAUAUCGACCGAAUGCACCAUGCGUUAGAUGAACUGUAAAAUAAACAAUUUAAUUGGUUUUUCCGUUUU